AUGAAUUCCAAAUGCGUCCUUGCCGUCCUGGUUCUGAUUUCAUUGCCACUCGGCACGCCAGCUAUGAGUCUUAAGCGUCACUACCGUAGGCCGGUUUGCGAGCCAUCGCAAUCGUGCUCGUACAGUUACCAGCAGUUCACUUUCGAACUCUGCGACUGUCCACAGGCCGAGUCUUGCCCAAUGGGUAAUGGAGUUCAAUUAAAAGGAAUCACUUAUCAGUUCUGUGGAUCCCGAGAAUUGCCAGUAUGCGCUCCUCAUGAAAUCGCUGCUGAGAUUAACAAUUUGCAAACUUCGAUCUACUGCGUUUGUCCAUUCGAAAAAAUAUAUGUUAAGCAGAAGGAAUUGCCGAUAAACAAAGUUAACGUGAAAUACGUGUGUCAGGAAAAAGAAAUGUGCGAGGCCGGACAGAUAUGCGGAGCUGGAAAUCAUAUUGUUGGAAUCAAGUCCUUCUGUCAAUGCGUCGACAAUCUCAAAUGCCAAAUCUCCAUGCCAAACGUCUUCAAUCCCCUCGUUAUCCAGAACGCCACUUGUCAAUCCGUCUAG